GACAAAAGUGCAAGUGACCCCUUGCAACCGUCAUAGCCUAUUGGCUGUCCUUCACCGGGCCAAUUAGACUCAAUUCCAUGGGCCAAAAUCCAAUCCAAUUCAAAGAAAACCCAUCCCGUUAAGCCUCUACAGAUUUUCCCUCCAAAAAAAUGGAGCCAUGGGAAGCACUGGAUGUAGACGAUUCCGAUCUCCACUCUCUUCUCCGCCCUUGUAAACGCCGACUCCACCACCAAAACCCUAAUCUCUCCACCUCCACGUCAUCUUCUCCGCCGCUCGAAAUCUCACAGUUAGAAAAUUCUCAUAAUAAUCAGUUACAAUCGCCGCCACAACAACGCAUAAUUCCCGGACCAGCAGGUGCGGUACAAGCUGCAAUGCAACAACGUACACACGAUCGUCAAUCUCAUAAUUCAAUGUCAGGAGAUAAUACGAUACCUACGCAAGAGUAUAUUAGGAGAGCUGUUGAAAAUUCUUCUGAUUUUGACUAUGAUUUUCAAUCCAAUCCAUGGCUUUGUGCUCUUGAAUUUGUUGGUGAGGAGAACGGGAAAAUACAAUGUACGCCUUUGAGCUCUGUUAAUAAAUGCCUAAAUGCUGCUAGGGUUGAUCAGGUUGUGGCAGUUGUUAAGUCUUGCACACAGAAUGGUCUUGGUGGUCUGAUGGUGACUUUGAAGGAUCCUACAGGUUCAAUUGGUGCUAGCAUUCAUCACAAAGUACUUAGCGAAAGUCCGCACGGAAAGGAUAUUUGUAUUGGCUCAGUUUUGAUACUGCAAAAGGUUGCAGUGUUUCGCCCUUCAAGCUCAGCAUAUUAUCUUAACAUAACACUGGGGAACCUGACAAAGGUUUUCUGCAAGGAAAGUGGACCUCCAUUAGCGAACAGCCUAGCAGCAUAUGAAGUAAAUUACAGUGAUCCUGAAAGUGCAGCAUCAGCCUCUGCUGGAAAAGCUAGCGCACCGCAGAGGAUUUCCAUUCCAGACAAAGAAACAAUUGAAGGAAUCCUAGACGAUAGGACCAUAGAGUGCAUGUCUGCAGGUGGAAGUUUGCAUAACGAGAUUCAAAUGGAGAAGGAAAAUCUAGCUCCAAAUAGCUACCUAUGCAACAAUAGUAGUGCCUUUACAAAGACCUCCGUGGUAAACAGAGAAUGUCUCGAUCAGAGACAGAGUAGUGCAAAAGGAUUUGAUGGAACAGUUAGAAAUAGAGGCGCUCUUAAUGAAAAUAAUGAUCAGCAAAUGGGAUCUCAGGGUGUCCUCACGCCGGGGAACAAAAGAGAUGGUCCAACAAAGAACCACUUUGAUCCAGAAAUUCCGGUACCUGAUGAAAAGGAUCAUAGACAACCAAUUGCUUCGAAGGUGUCACUUCCUCAAUGGACAGAUGAUCAACUUGAUGAACUGUUUGCCUGCGAUGAUGAUGAUGAAUGAACUGUACUUAAAAAGAUUUUGGUCACUUUUUGUUCACGUUGGUUUUAUACCCAGUUAACACUAAUAAAAGUAGUUCUCAAAAUUCCUGUAAAGUGUGAUCUAGUCCUUUCUAUUUUUGACUUCCCUAUUUUUUCAUCA